ACGUAUAAAUUAAAAACCCCAAUCAGAACGCACGCUAGGGUUUUCUUCUUCCUCUAUUCUUCGCUCUGCAGCAAACGAACAGAGAAAAACCCUUGCUUUAAAAUCUCACUUUCACAUUGUAUUAUAUAAAAAAAGCUUCCCUUUUUAUUUGAUCUCUUCACCUUUAAGGUAAGCUCUCAAUAACCCAUAUCUCAAAAUCCCUUAUUUUUUUUUCCCUAUAUAUUCCAAAAUCUGUUCAAAACCCCAGAACUAAAAUCAAAUAAAGUUCCAAACUGCGCUUGGGAAAUUCAUCUAUACAGGAAAAGAAAUUUUAAGGAAAAAUCAGUAUGGAUGAUGUUGAAAAGGCAAUAUUGAUUAGCUUUGAUGAAUCAGGUACCUUAGAUUCAGGAUUAAAAUCACAGGCAGUGAACUUUUGUCAGCGAAUUAAAGAAACCCCAUCAAUAUGUACCCUUUGUAUUGAGAAGUUGUGUUUUUGCAAGCUCGUCCAGGUUCAGUUUUGGUGUUUACAAACUUUACAUGAGGUUAUUAGAGUAAAAUAUGGGUCCAUGAGCUUGGAAGAGAAAAACUUUAUCAGAAAGUCAGUUUUUUCGAUGGCUUGUUUAGAACGUAUUGAUGAUAAGUUGUGUGCUGUUUUGGAAAGUCCUACAUUUAUAAAAAACAAGCUUACUCAGGUUUUGGUUACUUUGGUUUACUUUGAGUACCCUUUGAUUUGGUCAUCAGUUUUUGUUGAUUUCCUGCCUCAUUUGAGUAAAGGGGCUGUGGUGAUCGAUAUGUUUUCUCGGCUUUUGAAUGCAUUGGAUGAUGAGUUGAUUAGUUUGGAUUAUCCACGGACAUCUGAAGAGGUGGCAGUUGCAGGAAGGGUUAAGGAUGCAAUGAGGCAGCAAUGUGUGGCUCAGAUUGUUAGAGCAUGGUAUGACAUUGUGUCUAUGUAUAGGAAUUCUGAUCCUGAAAUUUGCACUACUGUUUUGGAUUGUAUGAGGAGGUAUAUUUCCUGGAUUGACAUUGGGUUGAUUGUGAAUGAUGCAUUUAUUCCGCUACUGUUUGAGUUGAUUUUGCUUGAUGGUUUAUCAGAACAACUUCGUGGUGCUGCUGCCGGAUGUGUUUUGGCAGUAGUUUCUAAGCGAAUGGAUGCACAGUCAAAACUAACUCUUUUGAAGAGUCUUCAAAUAAGUCGAGUUUUUGGUUUGAUAUCUGAUGAUAACGAUUCUGACUUGGUUUUGAGAGUAGCAGCCUUAAUAACAGGGUAUGCAGUGGAGGUUUUAGAGUCUUCCAAGCGGCUGAACUCAGAAGAUGCUAAGGUGGUUUCAAUGGAGCUUUUAGAUGAAGUUUUGCCAACAGUGUUCUAUGUAAUGCAAAAUUGUGAGAUGGAUGCAACAUUUAGUAUUGUCCAAUUUCUUUCUGGUUAUGUUGCCACCAUGAAAACCCUUUCUCCUUUGCAAGAGAAACAAAUGCUUCACAUCAGUCAUAUACUGGAAGUGAUUCGUACACAGAUUCGUUAUGAUCCCAUGUACCGCAAUAAUCUUGAUGUAUUGGAUAAGAUUGGGAUGGAAGAAGAAGACAGGAUGGUGGAGUUUAGAAAGGAUUUGUUUGUGUUGUUACGGAACGUAGGUCGAGUAGCACCUGAAGUUACUCAGAUCUUUAUCAGGAAUUCAUUUGCUAGUGCUAUUGCAUCUUCAUCAGACAGGAAUGUGGAAGAGGUAGAAGCUGCCCUUUCCCUUUUGUAUGCACUUGGAGAGUCUGUGACUGACGAGGCAAUGAGGGCAGGAACUGGACUGUUGAGUGAACUGGUGACAAAUCUAUUAUCAACAAGAUUUCCAUGCCAUUCCAAUAGGGUAGUUGCCCUUGUGUACUUGGAGACGAUAACAAGGUAUAUGAAGUUUGUCCAGGAGAAUGCACAAUAUAUUCCUUUGGUAUUGGCUGCCUUUCUUGAUGAAAGAGGCAUACACCAUCCAAACAUUAAUGUGAGUCGCAGGGCAAGUUAUCUGUUCAUGAGGGUUGUAAAAUUGCUGAAAUCGAAGCUUCUGCUUUUCAUAGAGACGAUUUUGCAGAGCCUGCAAGAUGUUGUUGCUCGAUUUACAAGUAUGAAUUUUGCAUGUAAGGAACCUUCUGGAUCUGAAGAUGGUGCUCACAUUUUUGAGGCAAUUGGCCUGUUGAUUGGGAUGGAAGACGUGCCGCUGGAAAAGCAAUCUGAUUAUCUCUCUUCAUUGCUAACUCCUCUUUGUCAACAGGUUGAGGCAAUGCUGAUGAAUGCAAAAAUAUUGACUCCAGAAGAGUAUCCUCUAAAAAUUGCCAAUAUCCAGCAAAUAAUUGUGGCAAUUAAUGCUCUAAGCAAGGGUUUCAGUGAGCGCCUUGCAACUGCGAGUCGCCCUGCUAUUGGUCACAUGUUUAAGCAGACAUUGGAUGUUCUUCUCCAAAUCCUUGUUGUAUUUCCGAGGGUGGAGCCUUUGCGGACUAAGGUUUUAUCAUUCAUACACCGUAUGGUGGACACCUUAGGUGCAUCUGUGUUUCCUUACCUUCCAAAGGCAUUGGAGCAAUUACUUGCAGAAAGUGAGCCAAAGGAAAUGGUUGGUUUCCUCUUAUUGCUCAAUCAACUUAUAUGCAAAUUCAGCACCUUGGUCCAUGAUAUAUUGGAAGAAGUAUUUCCAGCUAUUGCUGGUAGGAUAUUUAGUGCCAUCCGAAGGAUUGCUGAUUCUUCAGGACCUGAAGCCAAUACUGAGGAAAUUCGUGAAUUGCUAGAACUUCAAAAGACAUUAUAUACUUUUCUUCAUGUGAUAACUACGCAUAAUCUAUCUUCCGUUUUCCUUUCCCCGAAAAGCCGGGGCUACUUGACUUCAAUUAUGCAGUUGCUGUUACAUACAUCUUGCCAUCAUAAGGAUAUUAAUACAAGAAAGGCUUGUGUACAGAUAUUUAUUAGAUUAAUUAAAGACUGGUGUGCCAGGCCUUAUGGUGAAGAAAAGGUACCUGGUUUCCAAAGUUUUAUGAUAGAGACCUUUGCAACAAACUGUUGUUUGUACAGUGUGCUUGAUAAAUCGUUCGAAUUUGGUGACGCAAAUACUCUUAUUUUAUUUGGAGAAAUUGUGUUGGCUCAGAAGGUGAUGUAUGAGAAGUUUGGGGAUGAUUUUCUGGUUCAUUUUGUAUCAAAAGGAUUUCCAUCUGCACACUGCCCUCAAAAUCUGGUAGAGCAGUAUUGUCAAAAGUUGAAGGGCAGUGACAUCAAGGCAUUGAGAUCAUUUUACCAGUCGCUUAUUGAAAAUUUACGUCUCCAACAGAAUGGAAGCCUUGUUUUCAGAUAGCAGCAUCAAGAUGGGCAAAUGAUUAUUUCAGUUUGAUGCUCCAAAAUUUUAAAGUUUUUUUGGCGUUCCAUUUCUUGUUCACCAAAGGUUUCUUUAUGUAAAUAUCAUUUGUGUGCCUAUUCCAUGGACAACGAGUUGUAUAUUUCCGGAAGCAAGCCUUUUUUUUAAUCAUCAAGUUUCGUUAAAUCCUUCAGUUUCAACAUGCCGAGUAGGAUGAAAGUUUUUGUGAGAGCUGUUCAUAAUUUUUUUCCCCCAAUUUUUUAAUACAUUUUUCUUGGUUCAUUUAGAUCUCCAAUCGAGUGUAUGUGACUAUAUUAUUACGAAAAAAUAACUAUAGGACAUUCGUUUUA